AUGAAAGGCUUCGUGAACACUACUGCCUGCGGAUUCGAACCUCCGAUCGAUCGUGCAGGAAGCGGAACCUCUAACCGCUACACUACACCCGCCCUAAGCAAUAGGUUAGAGGUGUAUCGUAACCGAAUCGGUAGAGAACUUGAGUCGAUCGAUAGAAGACCGGUUAACGACGAGUGUGAAAGGAUAGGAGGGGGAGGCCCAAUGAGGACGUUGAGCGCCGCCGGUGGAUCAGCAAAUACCGACCGAUCUCGUCACUCAUCCGACAAAUCACCGACCGAGAUUGUCACUCAUUCACUCACCGCUGCGUAG